AUGGUAGCUGUGUUGUCUAAGAGGAAAUCUAAAGUCCCGAAAAAGGUUGAGCCUAAAAGAGGCUGUUUACGAUCGUGUGUGACAUGGUUUGUCUUUCCUCUUCCGGCUGCUCUUUCUUUCAUGAUUUUGAUGUUUUUGUGGUCUUCUUCUACCACGUAUAUAUCCGGUAGGAUUGUUCAUGUUUGUGUUUCGUCUCGUAAGCUGAGUAAUCUCUAUUGUCUCUCUGCCACCACCCAACCCAACGAGGAGUUCCAUCUUCCUUUCACGAAUUCUAGUUCUCAAGAGUUUCUUGAGAAUACAGUUCCUACUGUUCAACAAAAACUAAUAAAGAAGGAAUCCCCGGUUCACGUGUUGAAUGAAAACUCUGUUAAAGGUGAUUCCAAAGAAGUUUUUAAUGUUGUUGAAUCCCCGAGCAGUUUUCUUGAGAAAAAAGCGGGGAAUGAUGAUGUUGACCUCAAAGGCGAAUCCAACAGAGUCUCUGAUAAUGGCAUUCUUAAAAACAAUAAUCCUCAAAGGGAAAGUGUUGAAGAGAUUAAGAAAGCAAGGGAAGUUGUGGAAGAGCAACUACGAGUUCAUAGAGCAUGGACCACGAAUCAGAAUUGGAAUCAAAAUCAUAAUCAAUGCGAUGGGAGGGGGAUCUAUGUCUAUGACUUACUACCCAAGUUGAACAAGGACUUGGUGGCUCAAUGUCAUGACAUGGUUCCUUGGGUCGAUAUGUGCAAGUAUUUCGGCAACAACGCCUUGGGAGAGCCCAUUCCAGAGCUCGGGAACCGUUGGUUUAGCACGCAUCAGUACUCUUUGGAAUUAAUAUUCCAUUCACGAGUUUUAAACCACCCAUGUCGUGUUUAUGACGAAAACCAAGCAAAACUUUUCUAUGUUCCAUAUUAUGGUGGUUUGGACAUCUUGAGAUGGCAUUUUAAGAAUGUUUCUAGUGAAGUUAAGGAUACUUUGCCUUUUGAACUUGUAAAAUGGCUAGAAAUGCAAAAGCCAUGGGAUAAGAAUCUAGGAAAAGAUCAUGUCUUUGUUUUAGGAAAAAUUUCUUGGGACUUUAGGAGGAAUGAGCACACUUCUUGGGGAAGUAGAUUCGUGGAUGAAAUGAAGAAUCCGAUUAAACUCGUGAUCGAACGACAACCAUGGGAGAUUAACGACAUUGGAAUCCCCCACCCAACUCACUUCCACCCAAAAUCUGAUGACGACAUCCAUACAUGGCAACGUAAAAUCAUCUCAUCCAACAGACGAUGCCUCAUCAGUUUUGCCGGUGCCGCCCGACCUGAAGCUAAAGACAAUAUAAUAUCAAUCUUGAUAGAACAAUGCACAUCUACAACUAAGGAACAAUGUAAGUGCUUUGAUUGUAAAUCUGGGCAUUGCGAUGAGCCCCAAUCAUUGGUAGGGCUAUUCACGGAGUCUGAAUUUUGUCUUCAGCCUCGGGGUGAUAGUGCUACUAGAAAAUCAGUAUUUGACUCAUUGGUGGCAGGAUGUAUUCCUGUCCUUUUUGACCCAUUUACGGCUUACUAUCAAUAUCCAUGGCAUCUGCCCGAGGAUCAUGGGAAGUAUUCCAUUUUUAUUGAUCAAGAAGUGGUGCGAAAAAUGAAGGUUAAUGUGGUUAAAGAGUUGAUGAAAGUGACAAGAAAGGAGAGGGAUGAUAUGAGAAGAUACAUAGUGUAUGAGUUGAUGCCAACAUUGGUGUAUGGAGAUCAAGAUGCAAAAUUUGAUGUGUUUCAAGAUGCAUUCUCCAUUACAAUCAACAAAUUGAUUGAGAGAGUUAAAACAUUAAAAUUGGAUUAA